AUUAUAAUAAAACUUACACUCCUAAGGAGGCUACGUAAGCUUCAAAAGUGGAGUCUAUACAAUAAUUAGUUCUUUAGAAAAAUAGAAAAUAAUAUACAAAAAAAACAACCAAAAAAAUUUGAUAGAAAAUGGCAUUUGGAUCAUAUGACGAUGAUUCGAAGAGGAAAAGGAGGUAUGCAAUGAUCUCCAUCUCUUCUGUUCUUCUCGUUUCAAUGGUUGUCGCCGUUACCAUCGGCGUCAACGUCAACAAUCACGAUAACGGAAGUAAAGAAGAGAUCACGGCUUCCGUUAAAGCCAUCAAGGAAGUUUGCGCGCCAACGGAUUACAAGAAGACUUGUGAAGACACUCUAAGGAAAGAUGCAAAAGACACAUCAGACCCGUUGGAGCUUGUGAGAGCAGGGUUUAACGUGACCAUGAAGCAAAUAACUAACGUGGCGAGGAAGUCACAGACUAUGAUCGAGCUACAAAAGGAUCCAAGGACGAAGAUGGCUUUGGAUCAAUGCAAGGAGCUUAUGGAUUACGCAAUAGGCGAGCUUAGUAACUCGUUUGUGGAGUUGGGAAAGUUCGAGUUUCACAAGGUGGACGAAGUGUUGAUUAAGGUUAAGGUUUGGCUCAGCGCGACGAUAAGCCAUCAGCAGACUUGUAUCGAUGGGUUUAAAGGGACGAAAGGUGAUGCAGGUGAGACGAUAAAGAAGGCUUUGAAAACCGCGGUGCAGUUAACGCAUAACGGGCUUGCGAUGGUCACCGAGAUGUCGAAUUACUUGGGACAAAUGCAGUUCACGGAAUUGAAUAGUCGUCGGCUGCUGGCUCAAGAGCCUUCGUGGGUUGAUGGGCGUGUGCGUAGGCUCUUGACCGCUCCAUUGUCUGAGGUCAAACCAGAUAUGGUGGUGGCUCAGGACGGGAGUGGUCAGUAUAAGACGAUCAGCGAGGCAAUGCAAAAUGUCCCCAAGAACAAGAAUGUGACUUUCGUGGUUUACAUUAAGACCGGAGUCUAUAAAGAGUUUGUUCAGGUGGACAGGACCAUGUCAGAUCUGGUUUUCAUCGGUGAUGGACCAGAUAAAACUGUCAUUACCGGCGAGAAAAGUUUCCAGGACGGUAUUACCACCUACCGUACAGCCACCGUUGCAAUUAUUGGAGACCGUUUCAUUGCCAAGAACAUGGGUUUCGAGAACACAGCCGGGGCGGCAAAGCAUCAAGCUGUUGGAAUUAGGGUUCUCUCAGACCAAUCCAUAUUCUACAACUGUAGAUUUGAUGGUUACCAAGACACACUCUACGCACAUUCCCACCGUCAGUUUUACCGGGACUGUACUAUCUCAGGCACAAUAGAUUUUCUCUUUGGAGACGCAGCCGCUGUAUUCCAGAACUGUAUAUUAUUAGUGAGGAAGCCACUACCGAACCAGGCAUGUCCCAUCACCGCACACGGUCGUGAAGAUCCGAAAGAAACAACAGGAUUCGUGCUCCAAGGGUGCACAAUUGCUGGCGAAGCGGAUUACUUGGCGGUCAAGGAAAGUAGCAAAGCUUAUCUUGGAAGGCCAUGGAAAGCGUAUUCAAAAACUAUUAUUAUGGACACGUUCAUACCGGAUUUUAUUGCGGCCGAAGGAUGGCAGCAGUGGAAAGGAAACUUUGGUAUUGACACGUUAUUUUAUUCGGAGGCAAGGAAUACUGGGCCGGGUGCAGGUGUCACGGGCCGGGUUACUUGGCCAGGAAUCAAGAAGUUGAGUGAUGAAGAUAUUCUUGGAUACACUCCGGCUAAGUACAUCCAAGGUGACGAGUGGAUUCCUAGUAAAGGUGUUCCCUACACCCCCGGUCUUUUCGCCGGAACCGGUUUAGCAACCGUGGCCGCUUCCUCCGAUUCUACACAAGCAGGUUCCAGCUCGAACACGACAGGGACAGGUCCAGCGGCUGCUCUACAAGCAGGUUCCAGUUCGAACACAACAGGGUCAGGUCCAGCGGCUGCUCCACAAGCAGGUUCCAGUUCGACCACAACAGGGUCAGGUCCAACGGCUGCUCCAGGAGUCUCUGCAGUCACUAAUACCACUGGCUUAGGGUCACCAUCAGCUACUCCUUCAGCUUCACCAUCACCAUCAACUUCUCCACCGGCUAUUACUUCAGCUUCACCGUCAGCUUCUCCAUCGGCUACACCUUCAGCUACACCACCUUCAGCCUCCCCUUCGAUUUCACCGUCAGCUUCUACUCCGUCUACCUAGAGGUCGUGUCUGUAAAUAUUUUGACAAACCUUGAGGAUUUUGUAAAUGAGUACAUGCAUGAUUAGCUUUGUAAAUUCAUGUUAAUAUCUUCCAGUAUAUAUGUUGUUACUCAUUUAUUAAAAAGUUAAUUAGUACAUCUUGUACAUGAAUCAUAUAAAUGUUACUUCUUGUACAUGUUUCAAGAAAUCAACAAUACUAGCCAAUGACAAUUUAGUGACCAU